UUUCUGCAUCCUUAGAAAAAGAUUCAUUUUUUUUUACUAUCUCCACUGUUCGUUCCUUCGUUCGCUGCUUCACUUUUCAAUGCACUCACUGUUCUUUUUAUUUUGAAAAGGGCUUCUUAUUUUACUUUUAAAUAAGCCAAAUUGAGCACGCGCUUGAUUUAAGUUACUCGAUGAUAUGAAUUUAAUGGAUAAAAAAUUGCGACAACGGGGUAUAUUGUAUUAGAUAAUUCGUUUUUAAAAAAAUGGAUUUCGGUUGGCUGUUUUCUCAUUGUUUUCUGGAAUUCUUGAUUUCGGAGCUGAUACAUUUCACACUUUUUUUUUUUGUUUUUUUUUUCUUUUUUAUUAGUUAUUUUCAUCUGUGUCCAUGUGCAAUACAAUUGCUGGGGGGCUUACUCUCACUGAAUGCUUCUUUUUUUCAUGUGUUUUUUUUUUUAAGUUAAUUUCACUAAAGUUGGUUCCUGCAUUUCUCAGGGCUAAUGUUAAACUUCAAUGUAUGAUUUUUCAUCUAAUCACUUGGGUUUUCUAGAUGCUUUCAAUUAUUAGCGGCGGUGAUUUUAGUUCAUGGUUCUUUAUCAUGUUGCUAUGUUGAACUGAUUCAAAAUUCUCUAUUAUUUCAAUUGAAACUCUUAGUUUUCAAAUUUCCGUAAAUUAAACUUCUUGGUAGUGGGAGGUGUUGUUUUUGCAUGUUGCAGACAACUUAAUGUGGUCGUCUUCUUGUUGUCUAAUUGCAACUAAUGUACUAACUUCUGAGCAAAAAAGCUAACUAUGAUACAUUGAUACUUUAUUGCUUUCGCUAAUCUAUUUUGGACUAUUAGAUUUCUACUGGUAAAAUAUUAUAACACUCGCACCUAGGUAGCGAUUGUGGUUUCAUCUUGGUACUUAGCUAACUGCAUUGAAGUUAUUCGUUCUCGAGGUUUAUAUGUUCUUUUCAUUUUUCUUCUUUCUUGCUAAAUAUUUUUCAUGCUGGUUAGUUGAUUUUAUAUUUUAUACUUCCCUGCACAAUUAAUACUUUAUCCCUCAAGUAUGUGUAAAGAAUGCAAACAAAAAAUUUCUGCCAUAUGUUUGCCAUUGCCAUAUGGACUCUGAUUUUUGUAAUGUUAUGGUCUAUUGCUUCGCUGCAAUGCCAUUGCAAUUAUAGAUUACAUUUGUGAGAAAACAAUAUGAUGCCACUGCAUCUGGUUGAUUUUUUCCUUGCUAUUAAAUUUGUAAAGGAUAAAAAAAAACGUGAGUUGCAUCGUGAACUGUUAUUCUAUUGCUACUUGAGGUGGUAAUCUAGUGAUGUUGUGAGUCGGUUUCUGUUGGUAGAUUUUUGUCUUCCUAUUAAAUUUGUAAUGUAUGUGUUGAGUUUCAUUUUGAAGUGUUAUUCUUAUUGCUCUUGAGAUAAUCUGGUACUGUUGUUUGUCAGUUUUUAUUCCUGAUCCCUACAGGGUUUUUUCUACAUAGCUGUGUUUUGAUAUCACCAAGCUUUAAGUUGAUCCAAAGGCAUGGUUACUUAUAUAGGAAUCACCCAACAACUGAGACACGAUGAGUUCAAGAUUCAAGACAUGGGAUGUCGGAUUUGCAUUUGGAAAUGAAAGAGAGGCAACGUUGGAGAGCUGAAGAGGAUGCUUUAUUACGUUCUUAUGUCAAACAGUAUGGUCCUAGGGAAUGGAAUCUUGUUUCUCAACGCAUGAACACCCCUCUCAACAGGGAUGCAAAGUCAUGCUUAGAAAGGUGGAAGAACUACCUCAAGCCUGGCAUCAAGAAAGGAUCUCUCACCGAAGAGGAGCAGCGCCUUGUAAUCCGGCUUCAAGCAAAAUACGGCAACAAAUGGAAGAAAAUUGCAGCAGAAGUUCCAGGUAGAACUGCCAAGAGGUUAGGCAAGUGGUGGGAAGUGUUCAAAGAGAAGCAACAAAGAGAGAAGAAGGAGCUCAAUAGAAUCCCUGACCCCAGUAACAAUAGCAAGUACGAGCACAUACUUGAGAGUUUUGCAGAAAAACUAGUCAAGGAACAGCAUCCUUCACCUUCAUUUGUUAUGACUGCUUCUGAUGGGACAUUUCUGCGUACUGAUACACCAGCACCUGCAUCAACCUUGCUUCCUUCUUGGCUUUCCAAUUCAAGUAGUGCUGCUGCUGCUGCUGGUCCAAGUUCCCUUUCUGUGACACUCAGUCUUUCUUCUGCAACAGUGGCUGCAGCUCCAUUCUCAUGGUUGCAACCUGAUAGGGGACCAGACAUUGCUCCUUUUGCUUUGGGGAAUAUACCAGCUUUCAGUGAAAAUAUGCUGAUAUCUCAGAUGUUGGAGCACUGCAAAGAGCUGGAAGAAGGGCACCGAGCUUUGAGUGCUCACAAGAAGGAGGCAGUUUGGAGGUUAAGCCGAGUGGAGUUGCAGUUGGAGUCAGAGAAGGCGAGCCGAAGACGGGAGAAGAUGGAAGAGUUUGAAGCUAAGAUUAAGGUUCUUCAAGAAGAGGAGAGAGCUGCUUUGAGCAGAAUUGAAGCAGAGUAUAGAGACGAGUUAGCUGCAUUGAAGAGAGAUGCUGAAAACAAGGAACAAAAGUUGGCAGAACAAUGGGCUGCAAAGCAUUUGCAGCUUACUAGGUUGCUAGAGCAGAUAGGAUGCAGAGCAGGGCACCUUGAACCAAAUACAGGAUGAAGAUAUCUUUUGGAAAAAUAGAUUUGGUGGUUCUCUUGUGACUUCCACUAUAUGCAGUUUACAAGAUGAUGAUAUUUUUAUGGUGAAAUGGAUAUAGGUGUUUUUGUGACUUGAAUUAUUUCCAGUUUAUGCUUGUUGUGAUCUUGGUAUAUUAGUGUUGUAGUUGUGUUAUAUCUGUUCCUGCAACUUGAGUAAUUUCCUUAAGCACUUGAAUUAUAGUAUCACUUCCAGGUA